GCAGCCGGUCAGCAGUAGAUCUCAUUUGUUGAUCCCUACUCGAUCGACCAAUUUUGUUUGUCUUCUGCUAGCUACACCCUACAGCCGAGCUGGCAGAUCGUCUCACUGAUCGAAGAUCAAGCCACCAGCUAACCACGGCAGCGGUGAAAACGAUAUGGCAGGAGGACUAGAUCAGCUAGUGGCGCUCUGGAGAGAGUGGGGGAUCCAAGUGCUGGUGCUGCUGAGUUUAGCACUCCAGGUAACUCUCCUCAUCACGGCGGAGAUCCGCCGUCGGAAAGACUCCGGCGUGCUAAGGGUCGUCGUGUGGUCGGCAUAUCUACUGGCUGACACAACGGCCAUAUACACUCUGGGCCAUAUGUCGGUGACCAGCAGGUCGCCGGAGCACCAGUUAGUGGCGUUCUGGGCUCCGUUCCUGCUAUUGCACCUUGGUGGCCAGGACAACAUCACCGCCUACUCCAUCGAGGACAACCAUCUGUGGCUGCGCCACCUGCAGAGUUUCGUUGUGCAGGUCGUCGCGGCCGCCUAUGUCCUCUACGAGUCAUCCAUCUUCGUAGGCGGCCGCCGGACCAUGCUCGGCCAGGCCACCAUCCUCAUGUUCGUGGUUGGUGUUGUCAAGUACGGGGAGAGAGUAUGGGCACUCAUGUCUGCCAGCAGUAGUGCCCUGUCUGGGAAGAACUACAACAGUUUUGGCAGGUUGCAUUUUUGAAUACCUCACUUAUACCAGAACUUUGAGGGAUGGACAAUUUCUAGCUCAUGACUUGUUGAACGUACCCAAGCAUCUACUUAAGGGGCCGUUACCUCUUUUGGCAUUUGACUCGAAACUAGGUUGUUUUAGCUGGGAGGACAUGUACCAUGUUGCUGAGAUCCAACUCUCGCUGAUGCACGGCAUCUUCUACAGGAAGAAUGAGUUGAUCCACAAUUGGUACGGGUAUUGCAUCCGUGUUGCCUUGCUGCCGGCCACUGUCACCGCAUUGCUGCUGUUCCGUCGAGUAGGUGACAAAGAUGGUUUCAGCAAAGUAGAUCUCGUUGCCACUUAUGUUUUGCUCUCUGGAGCCAUCGUCCUGGAGAUCACAUCAGUGCUGAGGGCCAUGUCCUCCACCUGGAGGUACCUGUGUUUCACCCGCAUCCGCAUUCUUCCUUGUUGUAUGCCUCCUAUUAGUCGUCCAUUGUUAUAUCUUCUUGAACUUGUAUUUCAAUCUGGGGAGCUCGUCAGACGGGCAAUACAGAAAGUAGGAAUACUUAAGAGGUACUGGUCAGGCUCCAUGGGGCAACACAACUUUAUUUACAUGUGCAGCCACUGUAAGGACAGCCGAGGCAGCAAAAUCGCGAGAUGGAUAGGAAGAGAGGACUGGUGGAACACACUGGUUUACACGUCCUUGUCUGUCCCCGUCUCGCUAGAUUUCAGCGAGCUGCUGAAGGAACAACUGUGGGCAAGUGUGGGCGUCGACAAAGAGAAUCGAGACCACAUCCAAAACUCAAGGGGCCGGGCGGCGCUGAAGAAGAGGGGGUUGCAUGAGGAGCUGGCCUGGAGUGUGGACUCUGAGCUGGAUGAGAGCAUCCUGGUUUGGCACAUCGCCACUGAUGUCUACCUCAGCUGGUACGAGGCGGGACAUAAACGCCUGCCACAUCCUGCAAAGGUAACCCAGGAGCUCUCCAAUUACAUGAUGUUUCUGCUCGCAGCACGUCCCUACAUGCUGCCUCACAAUGCUAGUCGCCAAAGGUAUAUUGAACUGUGCAACAAGGUGAUCUAUCAUCUCCAAUACAACUCGGCCGUGGAUUUGAUCAAGUUAAUGCAGGGGCAUGGAGAUGCUCUCAAUGCUGAACAAACUCAGCCUGCCGUUGUGGUGGAAAAUCUAGUAGUCGAUAUGCCUGCUGCUACAACCAAAGAGAGUAGUGUAACAUUUGACAGAGCAUGUCAGCUUGGCUCGAAGCUGAUUAGCAAAGGGCUGGAAACACCUGAUGCCAUGCUUGAUCUGAUCAGCCAAGUGUGGGUGGAGAUGCUCUGCUACACAGGACACCGGUGCAGGCCAGAUUCUCAUGCCAGACAGCUGAGCAGUGGCGGCGAGAUCACCACCGUCGUUGCCAUUUUGAUGGAAUUCUUGAAAUCUGAUUUUUCUGAAGUUCAACAAAGAAGAGCGGGAUGCUGAGUUGGGGAGCCCGUAACACUAACACUCUGAAUGUUAAUUCUAUGUAGUAAUGCUAUCACACCACCAUAGAUAGCACCAUGAUUGGCAAAAGAUAAGCCUUUGUUUUGUAAAGAUAUCUAUGACAGGCAAUCAAUAAUAAU